GGGCAAUGAGAGGCGAGCGAUUCGGCUCUCUAGCAAGGCCAGGCAGACAGCCCUCUGACCAAUGGAACCCCGUAAACCGGCCAGCACGGACACCCUUCAGUCAGUCCAAUGUGACAUCCUCUCCUUCCGCCCCCCGGCGCCCACAUCCACACAGACCAGCCGGCUCAACCAAAUUGACAAGAGGCCAACCUCGCCCUCUAAAAUCUACUACGUUCCCAUUCAAAUCUGUCGUCUGACAACAAUCUCUGCUCUACAUCUUCAGAAGCAUCAUUGCUCCGGGAACUGCGCGUCCAUUCGACCGACUGCCCUUGUUUUAUUUGUCUUUCCUGAGUAAUUUCUUCUCGAAAAAAAUACACAUUUAAACCGUCAAGAUGGAAGAGGAGGUUGCCGCUCUCGUCAUCGACAAUGGUUCGGGUAUGUGCAAGGCCGGUUUCGCCGGUGAUGAUGCUCCCCGCGCCGUCUUCCCGUCCAUUGUCGGUCGCCCUCGUCACCAUGGUAUCAUGAUUGGUAUGGGCCAGAAGGACUCGUACGUUGGUGAUGAGGCCCAGUCGAAGCGUGGUAUCCUCACUCUGCGGUACCCCAUCGAGCACGGUGUCGUUACCAACUGGGACGACAUGGAGAAGAUCUGGCACCACACCUUCUACAACGAGCUGCGUGUGGCUCCCGAGGAGCACCCCGUUCUGUUGACGGAGGCUCCCAUCAACCCCAAGUCCAACCGAGAGAAGAUGACGCAGAUCGUCUUCGAGACCUUCAACGCCCCCGCCUUCUACGUCUCCAUCCAGGCCGUUCUGUCGCUUUACGCUUCGGGUCGUACCACUGGUAUCGUGCUGGACUCCGGUGAUGGUGUCACCCACGUUGUCCCCAUCUACGAGGGUUUCUCCCUGCCCCACGCUAUUGCCCGUGUCGACAUGGCCGGUCGUGACUUGACCGACUACCUGAUGAAGAUCUUGGCCGAGCGCGGUUACACCUUCUCCACCACCGCCGAGCGAGAAAUCGUCCGUGACAUCAAGGAGAAGCUCUGCUACGUCGCUCUUGACUUUGAGCAGGAGAUCCAGACUGCUGCCCAGAGCUCCAGCUUGGAGAAGUCUUACGAGCUUCCUGACGGCCAGGUCAUCACCAUCGGCAACGAGCGCUUCCGUGCCCCUGAGGCUCUGUUUUCGCCUUCAGUCCUGGGUCUUGAGAGCGGUGGUAUCCACGUCACCACUUUCAACUCGAUCAUGAAGUGUGAUGUCGACGUCCGAAAGGACCUGUACAACAACAUUGUCAUGUCUGGUGGUACCACCAUGUACCCUGGUCUCUCGGACCGUAUGCAGAAGGAGAUCACUGCCUUGGCGCCAUCGUCGAUGAAGGUCAAGAUCAUUGCUCCCCCCGAGCGCAAGUACUCCGUCUGGAUCGGUGGUUCCAUUCUCGCCUCUCUCUCGACCUUCCAGCAGAUGUGGAUCUCGAAGCAGGAGUACGACGAGAGCGGACCUUCCAUUGUGCACCGCAAGUGCUUCUAAGCGCAUAAUCGUAGCCACCGUUCUCUCAAGUUUCCGACCAACUCGCAGCAAUAUCGGCGACGAGAUAGACCAAGAUGCUGGGCUACUCGCGACUUUGAGAGGUCCUUGUCUUCGAAAAUUUUUGGUCACGAUGUUUGUGGGUUGGGGGAGGCAUCUCUUACACUGCAGGAAAAAGUACGAUGGCAUUUGUCCUUAAGUAGUUCGGCGUCGUCGCACGGAGAAACCGGGCAGGCGGACCACGUAUUCGGGAGGUUGAUGAUACAAUUUAGCUCUGUUACCCUUCUUAAAGUUGAUGAUUUCACGUUACUUUCACGGCCGUAUUGACUUGGUCGACACCAGUGGAUCAGGCGUCAGGUGCUGUUCUACAUAAUUGUAAUGCCAUCGCUUUGCCGGAGUUGCUAGAUUUGCAAUAAAUCAGUCCUUAGGCUUGUCCGUGUCCUCUUUUUCGAGAUUCGUGACAGAAUCCUCUGCUACGGCAUCUACUUUAUCGUUGGCCUCUUUAUUCUUCUCCUCGAGCUUCCUGUACUUGCGCGCGCUCUUUUUGGCAGCACUGGCCCUCUUCUUCACCUUGUGCGCACCCACAAUAGCGGAUCGACUCUGGUCACCAUUGUUCAGGUCAUCUAGCCUCGUAGCCAGAAUUUGCCUGGCUAUCUUUCUGUUUUGAUCCCGGGAGCGGGUUUCCUGGCAUUUGACGACGAUACCGGUUGGUAUGUGCCUCAGUUGGACGGCAGAGUUCGUCUUGUUAAUCUUUUGUCCUCCCGGCCCGCUACCCUUCAGGAAAGCCUCUUCAAUUUCGGUCUCUGGGGGUGGUUUGGGCCGUGAGGGCAUCUGUUUCAGGGAUAACCAUGACGUAGUGAAAGUUCGACUCUGUGGUAUGGGACAUGAGGCUCCCAAUUGAACGCUGUUAUGGCACAGAGCUCCAAUGCCCUGAGAGAAAGACACAGCCUGCCGGCAUCUCCCAAAGAUGUUGCCCAUCAAGUGCCUUGCUGAUCUUGACAUGAUGUCCAGGGAGCACAUCCCAUGACCCAGGAAGAAAAGGGUCGGGCACUCGUUGAUCAACAAUUCCCGUAGAGACUGUGGAUUUGGUCGGGGCGGCAAUAUGUGGUGAUGCGAAGUUCGCAAACACUUUCCAGUACGUCCCGAGCCAUGCGGUCGCGACUGGGCGGACAACAGACGGGCGUGAUUUAAUAUGGGGCCGCUUCCCGGCGACUGCGACGGCAGACCCACUGAACUUUCUGGGAACAACCAAUCGAAGCCCGGAAAUUCAAAAGGGUAGGAUGACCCAAGGCCUGCUCGCAGCUUAUUUUACCACCCCCCUGUUCUACUACCAU